AUGAGUGACCUCUCCGAGACCUUCAACACGCUAGCAUCUCAGCUUUCGCAGCUGGCAUCUUCGACCUCAAAUGAUGUUGAAAAGAACAGCGCCGCCGUCGACAUUGCGCAAAAGAUACUCACGGCAACGCGAGGACCGAUACCUGACUGGAUGGACCGGAUGAUUAAUGUCAUGGAACUGACUGGACUGAAGUUGCUCCUUGACUGGAACGCCCUGGAUAUGAUACCAUUGGAAGACUCUAUCACAUAUGCUGAGUUGGCCAAGAGGCUGUGCGCAGAUGAGCCUUUACUUCAGAAAUCCCGCCAGUACCUUCCCGGGACGCCUAAUGAGCUCUUGCUACACAUGAUGUUUGAGGAGCACGUUAUGACGGCUCUGAAGCUACCUGAGUACUUUGCACAGUAUGGCCGCCGGGAGCCGGCCACUCGCCGACACACGCCGUAUGCCUUUUCACGCGGUCAGCCCGAAAAGGAAAUCUGGGAGAUUCACCAAGAGAACCCGGAGCAAGUGACAAGAUUCAUGGGAGUAAUGGAGACAGUGCAGUCAUUCAUUCCUCUAGCCGGUAUCUACGACUUUAGCUGGGUGGAGACGAAGCUGUCUGAGCAGCACGACAGGCCGCUCCUCGUGGAUGUGGGUGGCAGCAAGGGCCACGCCAUCAAAGCGAUCAUGAAGGAGAACCCUUUCAUUCCAGCCGAUCGCAUCAUUCUGCAGGAUAGAGAUGAGGUGAUCCAACAGGUUGUCGAACUCAAAGAUUCGGGGCUCGAUGGGAUAGACCUCCAGGUACACGAUUUCCACAAAGCGCAACCUGUCAAAAACGCACUGAUUUAUUGGAUCCGGCGAUGUCUGCACGACUAUGGAGACGAAGACUGCGCCACGAUACUCACGCAUCUAUCGGAUGCCAUGAGUUCGGACAGCAAGGUCCUCAUCGUUGAAUACGUCCUUCCGAGCCCUCCCCCGCCCAUUGGCGCCAUGACAGACUUCAGCAUGCUCGGAAUUGGGGGGAAAGAACGGACAGCCAAUGACUGGGAGGUGCUUGUUGCUAGGUCUGGGCUUAAAAUUGAGAAGAUUCAUGGCCUGGACAUGAAGAUGCAGGUCAUUGAAUGUGUCAAGGCUUGA